UACACACACAUAACCCCAUCCGCCUGCGCCCUGCCAGUCUGACCAGCACAGUCCUGGGGACAGGAGCGUGGUGGAGGAGCUGCAGGUGGGGGCCAGAGGAGCCUCCACAGAGAACAAAAGCCAGGGUCAGCCAGAGACAGGACACCAGAAGAGACAGAGGAGAUCAGAGACCAGAGGAACAGAGAAGAGGCCCCAGAGCAAAGCAAGGAACAGCCAAGGCACCAGGACAUGGAUGCAGUGGAGCCAGGGGGACGUGGCUGGGCCAGCGUGUUGGCGUGCAGGCUUUGGAAAGCCAUCAGCAGGGCCCUGUUUGCAGAGUUCCUGGCCACGGGGCUGUAUGUGUUCUUUGGCGUGGGCUCAGUCAUGCGCUGGCCCACAGCACUUCCCUCCGUGCUACAGAUUGCCAUCACCUUCAACCUGGUCACCGCCAUGGCUGUGCAGGUCACCUGGAAGGCCAGCGGGGCCCACGCCAACCCCGCCGUGACGCUGGCCUUCCUCGUAGCCUCCCACAUCUCUCUGCCCCGUGCUGUGGCCUAUGUGGCUGCCCAGCUGGUGGGGGCCACGGUGGGGGCUGCUCUGCUUUAUGGGGUCAUGCCGGGAGACAUCCGAGAGACCCUUGGGAUCAAUGUGGUCCGGAACAGCGUCUCAACUGGCCAGGCGGUGGCAGUGGAGCUGCUUCUGACCCUGCAGCUGGUGCUCUGUGUCUUCGCUUCCACCGACAGCCGUCAGACAUCGGGCUCUCCGGCCACCAUGAUUGGGAUCUCUGUGGCACUGGGCCACCUCAUUGGGAUCCACUUCACUGGCUGCUCCAUGAAUCCAGCCCGCUCCUUCGGCCCUGCUGUCAUCAUGGGGAAGUUCACAGUCCACUGGGUCUUCUGGGUGGGGCCCCUGAUGGGAGCCCUCCUGGCCUCGCUGAUCUACAACUUCGUCCUGUUCCCCGACACCAAGACCCUGGCCCAGCGGCUGGCUAUCCUCACAGGCACCGCAGAGGUGGGGACAGGGGCAGGGGCAGGGGCAGGGGUGGAGCCCCCGAAGAAGGAACCCCAGCAGGGUUCGGGAGCCGUGGAGAUGGAGAGUGUGUAA